CUACCUUUGCGGGAAUUUCCGCAGUCUAUAGUAGGACUGUUCUGCAGGUAAGCGAGCGAAGCGAGAGUGAAAUGGGCGCCUCUCACUGGGAACAAUGUGGGGGCUGUGACGGACAGCUGUAAUGGUUUUGAGUGCCCUCAUCUUGCCUGAAAAUCUACAUAAACCUCUGGAUUGCGCUUUGAAAACAUCCUCUCAUCACUACCAUCAUCAUCAUCCCCAUCUACAAAUCUCUACAUCGAACCAUCAUCCCUGCCCACCAUGCACUUCCUCAAGUCCACCGCCGUCCUCCUCGUCUCCGCUCUGAGCGUGUCCGCCACCCACUUCCACAACAACUACGGCAAGAACGGUUGGAUACAGGACAACCAGGGCUCCGACAUUCAGCUAAAGAACGGCGGCUCCGUGACCAUCGGCGGCGGCUGGGGCUUUUUCUGGGUUGACAGCAGCGUCUGCUCCAAGAACUCGGUCACCUACACCUGGCCCUCGAGUUACGGCGAUGUCUAUAUCCACAGCGAUGGUUUCUUGUACGAUGCUAGUGGUUAUCAAAUCUCCGGCGGUGCUCACAUCUGCGGUUAA